AUGCUCGCCAACGCGGGGUGGGAUACUGAACCAACGACACACCAGGACAAGGACCAGACAAGCUCAAACACGACCACAAAGACAAGACAGACAGAACAAAAAAGACGCACACACAGGACGCACUGCACCGCUGCACCUGCAGGCGCCCUUCACACCCCCCAGCCCCUCCCCUUCGUCUUCUGUUGCCGCCCUCUCAUCUCUGUCCGCGCCACCCGCAGCCUGACCACCGCCCUCGGCGCCACAUACUCGCAUAUUGGCAUGGCUUCCUGCCGCCGAGCCUUCAGCCCCGGAAUUGAUCCGGCAACUCCCCCGACUGCUCCAACCAACAGCCCCGGCAACAAGACGAGCGAGGAGCGCGAGCAGGAACCGGCGAGGGGUGGCACUCCUCCUCCUCGUACUGCCUGCAGCGAAAAUACGAUGCUGCCAACUGUCCAUUCGCCACCGCCAAACGACCAACUCGCCGCACGUUCCGGCAGCAAUCUUUCUGGUCGUGAGGGUGUGAGAGAGAGCGAUGGCGACCUUUUAUUACAUGCGCAUGCAACAUAG